CCCACCCCAAGAGCCACAAUGGUGGUGCCGGCUGGCGUGAGCCCCAUCCAGCUCCCGCUGCUGCUGCUGCUGUGCUGCGUGGCCCCCAGCGGGCAGGAGCCAGCCCUGGCACAGCUGCGGCUGGCGGGGCCACGGGGGCCAGCCGGGGAGGGUCGGCUGGAGGUGCUGUACCAAGGGCGCUGGGGCACCGUCUGUGACGACGGCUUCGACUUCCACGCGGCCACCGUCGCCUGCCGCCAGCUGGGCUACUCCGCAGCUGUCACCUGGACCCAUAGUGCCACCUACGGCCAAGGGGAAGGCCCCAUCUGGCUGGACAACGUGCAGUGUGGGGGCAGCGAGGGCUCCCUAGCAGAGUGCGUCCACAACGGCUGGGGCACCAGUGACUGUCACCACGGUGAGGAUGCUGGUGUGGUGUGCUCAGGACAGCGCCUGCCCGGUGUAUCCCCCCAGGCCACUACCUCUGGUCACCUGGGAGAGGUUCCGGGGCAGAGCCUGGAGGAGGUGCGGCUCAAGCCCAUCCUGGCACGGGCCAAGCUGAGCAUGCCGGUGACAGAGGGUGCUGUGGAAGUGAAGCACAAUGGGCGCUGGAGGCAGGUGUGUGAUGCUGGCUGGACCAGGAACAACAGCCGUGUGGUCUGCGGGAUGCUGGGCUUCCCCCGGGAGAAGCAUGUCAACACUAGCUUCUACCGGAAGCUCUGGAACAUGAAGCUGAAGGACCCCAACUCCAGCCUGAAGACCCUUAGUCAGAAAAACAGCUUCUGGGUCCACAGAGUGCGGUGCCAGGGCACGGAGACCCAUCUGGCCCGCUGCCCCACGCAGGUGGCCCCGCCAGCCCCCCGCCAGCAUGCCUGCCCCCGUGGCAUGCACACCAUCGUCAGCUGCCUCCCCAGCCCUGCCUUCCAGAAGGGCACAGUCAAAGGCAGGAGCAAGACCUCCCCAGGAAAGGUCCUCCUUGUGCGGCUGCGAGCUGGCACCCACGCCGGCGAGGGCCGGGUGGAGGUGCUGCGCCACGGGCAGUGGGGCACCGUGUGUGACAAGCAGUGGGACCUGGCCGCAGCCAGCGUGGUGUGCAGGCAGCUGGGCUAUGGAACAGCAAAGCAGGCACUGGUGGGCGCGCAGAUGGGCCAAGGCCUGGGACCCAUCCACAUGAGCAAGGUGCGGUGCACCGGCCACGAGCGCUCCCUGGGCGAGUGCCGCUUUCAGGAUGCAGAGCGGAGUGGGUGUGGGCAUGAGGACGAUGCUGCUGUCCGCUGCCAUGUGCCCCACAUGGACUUCCAGAGCCAGGUGCGGCUGGUUGGGGGCCGCAGCCCCGAGGAGGGUGUGGUGGAGGUGCUGGUGCCAGUGCAGGGGCGGCUGCAGUGGGGCGCGGUGUGCGGCGCACAAUGGGGGUUGAAUGAGGCCAUGGUCGUCUGCCGACAGCUGGGGCUGGGCUUUGCCAGCCAUGCCCUCCAGGAGACGUGGUACUGGGCAGGCAGCCCCGAUGCCACCCGGGUGGUGAUGAGUGGGGUGCGCUGUGCUGGCACCGAGCUGGCCCUCCAGCAGUGCCAGCGCCACGGCCCUGUCCACUGCCCCAGCGGCGGGGGACGCUUCUCGGCAGGGGUCACCUGCACCGCCCAUGCCCCAGACCUGGUGAUGAACGCCCAGCUGGUACAGGAGACAGCCUACCUGGAGGACCGGCCGCUGGAGCUGCUGUACUGUGCCCAUGAGGAGCGCUGCCUCUCCCACUCUGCUGACCACAUGCAGUGGCCCUAUGGCCACCGCCGCCUCCUCCGCUUCUCCUCCCAGAUCCACAACCUGGGCAGAGCUGAUUUCCGACCCAGGAUGGGGCGUCACGCCUGGACCUGGCACCAGUGCCACCGGCACUUCCACAGCAUUGAGGUCUUCACCCACUAUGACCUGCUGACGCUCAAUGGCUCUAAGGUGGCUGAAGGGCAUAAGGCCAGCUUUUGCCUGGAGGACACCAACUGCCCUGAGGGGCUGCAGCGACGCUUUGCCUGCGCCAACUUUGGGGAGCAGGGGGUCAGUGUGGGGUGCUGGGACACCUACCGCCACGACAUUGACUGCCAAUGGAUUGACAUCACCGACGUGCCGCCGGGCAGCUACACCUUCCAGGUGGUUGUGAACCCCAAGCAUGAGGUGGCUGAGUCGGACUUCUCCAACAAUGUGAUGCGGUGCCAGUGCAAGUAUGACGGGCAGCGCAUCUGGAUGCACGGCUGCCACACAAGUGAUGCCUAUGGCGCCGACGUGGUGAGCGAUCUGGAGCGACGGGAGCGCCUGGCCAACAACCUUGUAUGACCCCCGCCUGGCACCAGCACACGCCUGGUAGCGCCACGGGGCAGCCCAGCUCCCCCACCCCGGCUCCUGCACCCCGGCAGCACUGGCCUGAGCUCAGGAACUCGAAGACAUUUGUAUUUAUUGAUGCUGCCACAGAGGAUGAAGACAAGCCCUGGGGCCAGUGAGGAGCACCAAGGGGUGCCCAGCACCAUGCUGCCGGCAGGACCUGUGAGAGGGGCCUGGGUACUGCAGCAGCCCUCACCUCUGCAGCUCCCAUGCUCCCCAGGAUGACUACCUCAGUCUGCCCACCCGGCCCCUGGUCCCAGCAGGCUCAGGACAGGCCUCGGCCACUGCCACCCGUGCACCAGUCCUGUCCUCAAUAAAGGUGCUGUGCAAUGGGAGAGGGCGUACCCCCUUAGCAACCCCACAGUCCCCUGCUCCUUCCCCUGCAUUCCUCCCCACCAGGACCAUGAAGCCAAUCCCCAGUCAAGAACAACCCUGGUCUAGGCGAUGUCCCCGUGGCCAGGCAGUGUACCCCCCCUGCCACCCAGAGCCACCAGCCCUCCCCCGCUGCUUGUGUGUGGCCGGUGCCAAGUGGCUCCGGCUCACCGCCAGCAGUCCCUGCCAGCCAGAGCACCCUGGCCCUGACCUGGCUGACCCCAUGCAUGCAAAGGGACCUGGCCGGCUCUGUGGCAGCACGGGCCGGCAGCCAGCCCACCGGCUGCCGCAGCUGCAGCUGCCAUGCUGGGCUUUCCCAGGCUGCCCUGGCAGCUUCCCAGCCCCAGGAGUAGGGAUGGGGCCACUCUGCCCCCACAAAGCCCUUGCUCCUGGAAGCAGGGUGGGGACACAGGGGACACCGUGCCCUUUCUCUCUGUGUUUCUUUCCUCCCAUGGUUUCUAGCAAAUAUUUUUUAAAGGAAAUAAAUGGGAAU